AUGACAGGUUCACAGCACAUUUCGAACACAAUGGCUCUUCUCCUCUCCGUUGGUGGAGUUGCAGCUUACUACAACAAGAGAUCUAAACCUUCCUUGAUUGCAGGUUUGGCUCUCGGAAGUGCUUUUGCAGUCUCCUCUUAUCUCAUCUCGCAACAAAAGCAUUUUGAAGGUCAUGUACUAGCAAGUGCCUCUUCCAUUGCAUUGCUCGGAGCUGGUGUGAGUCGUUAUUUCAAGGCAAGUAACAAGACCAUUCCACUCACACUCAUUGUUUUGGGUGCUCUAUCCAGCUAUUAUCAAAUUAACAAAGCAAUGGAAUGGAAGCAAUAA